GCAGCAAAAACCCAGAAUGGCAGAUGACGUUGAUGCAAAUAAAUUAGAAAGUUUAUUUAAAUCGGCUUCAGGCUAUGUCAGACUGAUUGCUGCAAAAUUAGAAUCAGAUAAACUGUUAUAUCUUUAUGCCCGAUUUAAGCAGGCAAAUGAAGGAUCGUGCAAUGUACCAAAGCCAAGUUUCUUUGACUUUCAAGGAAAACAAAAAUGGGAGGCGUGGAAAAAGUUGGGUAGCAUGACUAAGUCUCAGGCCAUGAUGGAGUAUGUGACCCUUGUAAAUAACAUUGCACCGGAAUGGAAUGAAAAGGCAAAGAAUGUUACAGAAGAAAAGAAACCUGGAGGUUUGGGUGUUGCUGUCAGCACAAUGUAUAACCCUGAUGAUGACAUAUCCGAUGAUCAAAAAAACGUCUUUGAUUGGUGUAAAGAAGGCAACGUUGAGCAGGUGAAAAGAUACCUGAUAAAGAAGACAAACAGUGUGGACUCGCUCGAUGAUAUGGGUCUUGCUCUGAUGCAUUGGGCCAGUGACCGUGGUUACAUGUUGAUGGUGGAAUUGUUGUUAUCCCUGCAAGCUGCAGUAGACAUCAAGGAUGUGGAUGGACAAACACCUUUACAUUAUGCUGUAUCCUGUGAACACACUGAUGUGGUGGAGGUUUUGCUUGGUCAUCGAGCCGAUGUAACAGUUAAAGACAAUGAAGGGUUAUCCCCCCUGGACUGUGCUUCAGAAACCUUGAUACCCAUCUUGCAAGCCACGGUUAAAGCUAGUUCUUGAUAGAAACCGUUACCAUAGCAAAUGCAGAUCUGGUUAUCUGUUGCAGUUUGUACUAAACCAUCACACGGUCGUUUGAGCACUUGAUAUUUCUGUGUACAUAUUUAAUACCAUUUGUUUUAAAAUGAUAGAUAUUUUGUCAUAUGUUAAAUAAUAUUUCACAGCAGUUGUAAUUUUGUGUCAUGAAUGUAUCUGUAUUCUUUUCAGUAGCAGCACAAUCAAAGUUAAAUUUGUUUGCAUGCUUCAGUUACAUAUUGAAAAAAAACAAAACAAAAAAAACUGAAGUUUGUGUCAAACUGGGAAGCUGUGUUAUUAUUCAAUUUGUAGACUGUAUAAAAUGUUCACAACUGAACUUUAUAUUAUAUAUUAUAUUACUGGUACUAUACAAAAUUUAAAUAAAGGAACAGGUUUCAUAAAACACACAGUUAUAAUUGAAUUCCAAUUUUUUCAUUUCCAAUAAUUUGGUACAUGUUCAUCUUCAACAAUUCAUGAUUUAUGGUUGAAUUUCGACUAUGUAGCAUGGUCAAAUUUAAAUGUAUUUACAUACUUUAGUAUUUAAAAAGAAAGAAAAAGAAAGAACUACAGGUUUUGCCUCCGUCUGUCUGAUUAUUCAUCCUUCUGUCUGUUCAUCUCUUGCAUAUAUAGUUUUCCAGGUUUUUGUUUGAGCUGAAUUUCUUUUCUGUUUUUCCCUUUUUGUAUUUAAAAAAAAUAAUUAGAUCUCAGUAUGUUGAGGCAUUACCCCAAAAAGUCCUCUAGCUUUAUCGUAUAAAGUUACACAUCAAGUUUGACUCUCAUGAGGAUUGGCCCAUUUUCACAGAGGUAUGAUACAUAUAUAACUUGGGAGAUAUUGAAAAUGUUUGUUGGGGACGGUAGACGAUAUGUAUUGUAUUGCGUCAGCAGUACUGUCACAAUGCUUGUCCUGCAAAGGAAUAUUGAUGUAAUGAUCCCUCAGCACAAGGUCUUGAGCUGCAGUCUCGGUAAUAUUUUUAUUAUUGAACAUAGAAUAAGCACGUUUAGAAUAGACCAUCACAUGCCAUUUGUUGAUAACAUUUAACCAUACUGACUACAUGUUUCUACAUCACACAAACAAUGUAUUAUUUUCAGUUUUAAAAGUUAAAAGCUGGCUCCUAUUUCCCUGGUUUGUCUUAUAACAAAUUUGGCAACAGACUUAUAUGUUGUAUAAAGGCCGCUGACAAUAGCUUGAUUAGAAUUUCUAUUAUGGAAAAUUGAAAAAUGUGUUCUUAUUGUUGAAUUUAAUUUUUGAAACGGAGAUCCUCACAUUGGGCAUGUCUACCCACUACCCAGCAUUUUUAACCAAUUUAGUCUUUUUGCCUAGCAAUAAUGUUUAGUCAGUGUGCCACUAAUUUUUCCAAAAAUACAAAAGUCACCUGAAAUAAUGGGAAAACUGAAUAAAAAUAACCCAGGAUGCAUUUUUAAAAAAAUAUACAUUGGGGGAGCAUGGCCUUAGACUCCCACUCCUAAAAUUAUCACUGGAUUUGCCAGCUCACUUGUGUCCAGCAUUCAAGAUUGUCUAGGCACAAUCCAAUGGCGUUUUCAGGAGGGCCAGCACUUGUCAUUGCUCACUAAACUGGUGUUUACAUCCAACAUUAAAUUAAUGUGAUUUGAUAGAGCACUACGGUACCAGUCAAAUUGUUUGCCAGCACUCGCCCUCUUGUACCCACCUUUAGUGUCAUUUUAUGCAAACCUUGACAUUAUCUUGUGUACUUAAAUGUACAUUGAAUAUAAAUUUGUGUUUUUGGGCUAAACAUUAAUUUGUUCAUUUUUACUGAAACAGAAAUCGUUUUUAUUUAAUAAUUCAAGAAACAAAAAUAUUUAAAAGACAAGCACUUCUUCUGACAGAAGUUGUUUAACAAUUUGUUUACAUUUUAUUUUAACUACAGUGCUGUUUAUAAUAUGGAAUUGAUUUGUCCAGCAUGGUUUUGGGGUUUUGUAACCUAAACACAUACUGUAAAUUCUGUGUUGUGACAAGAAUUGUGAAAUAAUCUAUAAAAUAAAUAUUUAAUAGCAAGCAAAAAGAUAUAACAAUUAGAUAAUGAUAAUUUGUUUUGCUACUUUUGAAUGUUUUCCAUAAUAAUAAUUACUUAUUAUCCAAGUUGUUAAUUUUUCACUUGUUAAUAUACAUUUAUAUCCACAGUAAAUACUUUUCAAGUUAGAAUUUGUUUGAAUUUUUAUGUGUGUAAAGGCAUACUACAUGUAUACAUUAUGAACAAUUUGUUUGGAUUUACACAUGUACAUGUAUUUGUCUGGUAUAUUUAAGUAAAGAGAUGAUGUUUUAAUUUUAA